AUGCGGUUUCUGCUCCCCUUUGCCAUUGGGUUCACCCCCCUGGUGUCCGCCCUUAGCAUCAACAAGCCGGGCGCCAACUCGACCUACGCCGCCGGAUCUACCGUGACGGUCAACUGGACGACGGUGGAUACGGAUCCCACCGAAAUCAGCCUCUACCUGUGGAACUUUGUUUCCUGGCCGCCCUCUUACGUUCCGCUGGCUCAGAAUGUGCCCACCGCCGAUCAGUCCUACGCGGUGCAGAUCCCCUGCGACACCAACCCCGAAUGGGGCUAUCAGAUCAGCGCCAUCAACGGGACCAAUGUAUACAUUAUCUACGCGCAGGGUGACCGCUUCACGGUCUCAGAUGCUGUGAAUGGCACUAGCUGUGCCGACUCUGCUCCCCCACCACCAGCUUCCACCUGCGGUCCCACCAGCGCGGUGUCGACCGUUUAUGUCACGGUGAGCCCUACUGGUUCCAGUUCUCGUCUGAUUCAUCAUUCCUCCCACGGCCUUCAUUCCAGCCACCACCUGCAUUCCACCCACGCCCUCCCUGCUCCCUCCUCCAUUGUCACUGCCUCUUCAAAAUCCGUGAAGCCCGGAAUUGUGCCUAAGACUAUUGGUUGGUGCUCAGACUACUCCCACCCUGUGACCUUGGACAAGUUCCCACGCCCACCCCAGUACCGGCUGGCACCAACGACGCUGGACUCUCUACACCUCCGGCAGUCGUUACUGCUGCACCUAGUGAGGCCACUGGUCAUGCAAAGAUCGUGA